AUGAGCACCGAAGCUACCCGCGUGACGUCGGCCACCUCCUAUUCCGUCGGCGCCGAUCUCAGCUACCCCCAUGGCCACCUCGGCCAUCUGACGGAGCACCAGCAAAAGGCUCUGGGCGAAUUCAAGUCGGUUCUCAAGGAGAGGGGUUACUACAAGGCUGGACCUCCUCCGUCUCACGACGAGACUGUCCUCAUCCGAUUUCUGCGUGCUCGACGAUGGAUCGUCGAGGAUGCCUAUGUCCAGUUCAAGGAGACCGAGGACUGGCGCGCCGCCAAUGAUAUCGACGUCCUCUACCGCACCAUCGACUUGGACGCCUAUGAGCAGAGCCGUCGCCUGUACCCUCAGUGGACUGGUCGCCGCGACCGCCGCGGUAUCCCGCUGUACGUCUUCGAGGUCCGCCCUCUCGACUCCAAGACCAUCUCCGACUACGAGCGCCAGGGCUCCGGCAAGACGUUUUCCGAGGCCAAGGUGGACGGCAAGACGCCGUCGGGGCUCCUCCGACUGUUCGCCCUGUAUGAGAACCUGACGGGCUUCGCUAUGCCCUUCUGCUCGCAGCUCCAGGACCGCGAGUCUCCCGACGUGCCCAUCACCAUGAGCACCAACAUUGUCGACAUCUCGGGCGUCGGCCUCAAGCAGUUCUGGAACCUCAAGUCGCACAUGCAGUCGGCCUCGCAGCUGGCCACGGCCCACUACCCCGAGACGCUCGACCGCAUCUUCAUCAUCGGCGCCCCCGUAUUCUUCAGCACCGUUUGGGGCUGGAUCAAGCGCUGGUUCGACCCCAUCACCGUCUCCAAGAUUUUUGUCCUCAGCUCCUCCGAGGUCAAGCCCACGCUCGAGAGCUUCAUCGAGCCCCGAAACAUUCCCAAGAAGUACGGCGGCGAGCUCGACUUCUCCUGGGGUGAGCUUCCCAAGACGGACCCCAAGUGGGACGGCGUCGUCUUGUGGGAGAACGGCCACAAGUCGUUCCCUACCGGUCCGCUCCUGUGGUCGGACAGCGAAGAUGGCAAGAGGCUGGUUUGCAGGGGCCACGGCUCCAAGGGUGGCAGCAAGAGGGAAGAAGUCAUCUGCUCCGUUCCCAAGAUCUGGCCGGCCGAGACUGAGGCCAAGGUUGAUGCCGUGACGAAUGGCAAGACCGUGGGGAAGCUCACCGUUGACGAGAAGGCGGCCGGUGUGGUCGCCGCAGCCGACGCACCCGCCACGGAGGGCACGACAGCGUGA